UGAAAAUGCGGCUGCGGCGGAGAUUUCAAAAAUUCUGAGUAAGCUACGGCUGCUCGAGGAUUCUUUGAAGAUCGGUCUGGAAUCAUGAGAUACUUUUAUCAAGAGGCAUAAGAGCUCAAUUUUGAGAAGAAAAAAUUCAGCGAGAUGGCUCGGUGCAAAAUGCGAAUUGCUAAGUACUGUGAGCUAACACCGUAGCCUACAAAACUCACUCCCCUCCGCGCGCAACAUCAAUCCCAUUAGACAUCGUCAUUUGCGGUAUUGUCGUCGAAUGGCCAACCAGUAUAUUUGUUUUACUAUUGAUCACAUUUUAAGAAACCGGCAAGCUCCGUGGUUGAUCUAAGUGUAGCCAGAACCAUCCCCGCCAGACACCCCACUCCGACGUUGCACACGACGAAGAACCAUUCUAACAACACAUUAGUCGUCGAAAUCAAAGUGGUCACUACAAGAGCAAGCUGAUUCAAACAGCAGUUAUUCCAUGGAUCCAGGCAAAAAAUACCCAACCUUCAGCAUUGGAGACCAUGAAGCUUUCAUGGAAUUUGCCCUCGUCCAGGCGCAGAAGUCACCGCCGGCAGCCAACAAGUUUUGUGUAGGGGCCGUCCUUGUCGAUGCCGACACAGGCAAGAUCCUGUCAACUGGAUACUCCCUGGAGUACCCGCGCGACUAUAAAGGAGACCCCGGCACGACUCACGCUGAGCAAUGCUGCUUCAUCAAGAUCGCCGACGAGCAUGGCCUCCCAGAAGAGCGCAUCCACGAAGUCCUCCCCACCCACACGGUGCUGUAUACGACCAUGGAGCCGUGUAAUGAAAGACUUAGCGGUAAUAUGACUUGUGCCACUAGAAUCCUCCGGUUGAAAAGUGCGAUCGAGACGGUCUAUGUAGGGAUAAGGGAACCGGGGACGUUCAUCGCCAAUAACGAUGGGCAGCAACGGCUUGAGGCUAGUGGUGUUAAGGUCGUAUAUCCUGUGCCGCAUUUACAUGACAAGAUUACGGAAAUAUCGAUGGCUGGACAUUAAAUUCUACAUGAUACGCCUUACAUCUACCACAUUACCUAUAUUAUAUCUAUGAACCAAAGUCGAUUAAUAUCAUUAGUUAUCUUCUUCGUUGAGGCGGGUACCUAACGUAUACCGCUUCUUCGUUAUUUUGUAAAUACCUUUUACAAGCAUGUUUGGGAUUCGUGCAGAACUCGUGGUAUUGGAUAAAAGGAGCCUUGUAUGCAACAAUGAUAAAUUAACGAGAUAUGCGGUAUAUAGCCUUGAGGCCGUG